CCAAGCGCUCCUGCAGUCAACGUCUUGGCACGCAGCCUGAGUUCUACUAGCAUUUUGGUACAAUGGGGCGAAGUGCCGGAUACUGAUAAAAACGGAAUUAUACUGAGUUACACUGUAAAUUACAAAGCAACUCCUGAAGGCAAUCCACAACAAAACCAGGUAGUGAAUGCUUCAACGAAGGAAGUAACGCUGACAGGACUCGUCAAAAAUACAGAAUAUAAAAUUGAGGUGUUCGCUAAUACUUCAAAAGGAGGUGGAAUAAAGAGCGAACCUUUCACGGUGCAAACGGAUGAAGACAGUAAGUAUACGAUUGCACAGGUUACUGUCAGGUUACUGCUGCAGCUUCACAGACGCUGUUUGCAGGUUUGCAAUAUUACCCAAAUUUAUACUGUUAUGAAGAGAAAAAAAGUUCAUCUAUUGAUGGCGUUGAACAAUGCAGUCUUUCAACAGAUUCACGGUCGUUUCGCCAACGUCCUGUUCCGUCUUAAGUCAUUUCACUUACGUGUUAGGUCGGUUCUCUUACUUCUUUCGUCUGAUCUGUGGCUAAAAGAACGAGGCAUAUGCUUGUGAAACGUUCGUUUCGUUUCUUAGCGAAACGACCGGUCACUUGCGAUUAACCGAACGAAACCUAUAAAACAAGACCAUGCUUAAAUAGAGGGCAAUAUGAGACAAGACUGGUUGACUGUUGCUAGCCCACAGCUUCAGGUAAAAACGUGGAGCGCUUUAGUACAUACAGUACCGCUCAAAAGUAAGUUACCAGUCGCGUCUAUGGGCCAUCGCUCGCUACGAGAAUCGUGUCCUACGCUACAGGAAUCGCGUAGCGCUCGACGAAAACCGCGUAGCAGGCGACGCGAUUCGCGUCUCGCGAGAGGAUGGUAACUUACUUUUGAGCGGUACUGUAGUUCUUAUUUCUUUAGCCCAAAGUUUUUCUUUAAUGAUGUUGAGUGAUCAGAAUGUCUCCUACCCCUGGGAAACAGCUAGGCUAACAGGAAGAACGAUAAUGCCAUAUCGUAUUUCAGUAGGACUAGAAGUUCUCAUUGAGGGAAGUGCUGCCGUUAGUUGCGAUGCGAAUAAUAGGACAAAGAGAGUAUGUAGAACAGUUGAACAUAUGAAUUUUUGUUAUUAACGCUUUUAACUUAGACUUGUUGGAAUUAUGAACGCUCAGAGCGAAAUAUAAAAAUUAAACCGAUCACAAUGACAAGUAUGCUUACAUUCAGAUAACACGCUAAAGUUUCAAUAUGAUUUUGUAAUUCAUUUAAUAAUUCUAAAACAACAGCAGUGCUGAUAGGCUGUUUCCUCAUCGAACAAUCAUCGUACACAUGACGAGAAGAGUUGCGAGCAAAUAACGUAAAGGCCAAAACUUGUUUAUUCACAGGACAGGUAGAUGUACAGCACAUGCCGUUCUCUUAUGCAACUUACAAUCCGCCUGAUUCCCGAGAUAACAAUCUGUGUGACAAAAGAAUACUCCCUAUAACUAGUAAUAGUUGACACUAAGGCUGCCCCGCUCUGUAUAUAGUAUUCUUGUUCCUUGUGUAGCUCUUUGAAAUAUACCGAUUUAUAAUGAAGAUGUUCACACAUAUUCCAUUCAAUAGUUGAGAUAAAUACAGGAAAUAAACGCAAGGUUCCAUGCACAGUUUCGGUUCGAUUUACACAGCUUUGAUCAAAACAUUAUCAUUCUAAGUUUCAAGAAUAGUUUAUUCUAAAGCAUAAGAAAAGAUUUAAUUAGAAGUUUAAUUUUUUGCUAUUUAUAUUUCACUUUUUACAUUUAGUUCAUUUCAUUUGCCGGAACGUAAGCCUUAGAAAUUAAAAGUACGUUUGAUCAAUUCACGCUCGCGCAUUCUAGUCUUAGUUAAACUUUAUGGCGGAAGGGCAUCUGUGAGCAGGGAAUAAGUCCGAGCACAGAAUUUGGUGGUCGGCGAAUUUCUGUAAUCGUCUAUCGUUCUGCUAGUGAUAAGCUAGCCGUUGAAUCAUUCACUCGUCUUGCUUGUUUUGGGCCGAGUCUUAUUCCGGUCAAAGAGAGAGAAAGAGUGUCUGGCAAGGUUCAGCUGAAGGUUUCCAAUCAAAGAUUUGUGAACUCGUGUCUGGCAAACUCACUUAGUAAUAAAAUAUACACUGUUCUGCGCACCUUAUAACUUCAUCUGCGCUUAACGACUGUCUUUUGGUCCAUAACUUUCAUAACAACUGCUCCACAGAAUGUCACUGAUAACACGUAACGCAAAAGAGUAUCGAAGUAUGCCUGCACAAUUAAUGUCACAAAAUCUACCUACUGAAAGUUGUUCCUUCGGGAUUUUUUGUGUUUGACGUCAUCCUAACCAUUUCGUACUUGCGGGCGCAAACAAUAGAAACGUCAUCAUUAUCAUCCGAUUGCUCGCGGCCCCUGUUCAAGCAAAUCGAGAUUUUUUCGAUACUGACUGUAUGACCGUAUAUUUCAACCGUAAGUACUUCCCUUAUAUACGAGUGCCUCCUCGGGAUUUCGCCUUCUGGGCGAAAUCACUGCGGGGGCAACUAAUGUUGAAACCUAGAAUAAUUAAAAAAAAAAAACGAAAAAAAAAAAUGUUCAGUACAAUAGUUCUUCAACUGUUCUUACCAUUUAGGUCGCAAACAUCUGAUGGACUACGAUUUCUGCCCAAGGGAAAAACAGGCGCGGAAGCUAAGCACUUGCUUUAACAAAACGCUGACUGCACAGCGCUGAAGUCACAGAUUGAUUGAACCAUGAACCAAAAAUCUCAAAUCGCUCAAGAAUAUGGUCUGCUGCCGGCUGAUGCUCGGCAGCAGAAAAAAAAUAUAAAACGGCAAAAUUAGGUAUUCACUGUAUUGUAGAACCAAAAUGAGAUCCAAGGAAUGCGCAAGAAACAUCGUUAGUAGCAACGAAAUAACUUUUCUAACUCUUUGAACAGCACGAUUAUAAGUAAACUUAUUACCUCUUAAUUUGUUUAUCGGAGCCAGAUGGUGCACCACAAAAUGUGGGUGGACAAAACACCAGUUCAACCAGUAUUUCAGUAAGGUGGGAUGAAGUGCAAGCUGAGUUACAGAAUGGUGUCAUUACUGGUUACAAUAUAACGUACCAGUCACUGACAGACAAUGACAGCGGAUUUGUAACAGCUGGUCCUAAUGAUCGUCAGGUGAACCUAACGGGGCUGAAGGAGUUUGUUGAGUACAAUAUUUCAGUGGUUGCUUUCACAAUGAAAGGAGAUGGACCUCCCUUUGUUUUUAUUGUUAGAACAGACCAAGAUAGUAAGUCUUACAACACUUUAUUAUUAUUGUUAUUGAUAUGGCAAUCAGUGUCAGCGUUUGCUUAUUUGUUUGUUUGUUUUUCGGGUUAGUAUAGCGACGCUCAGGCUGAUGUCAUCAUCUCAUCUAUCGAUGGAGAUGGAUCGCCUUCUAUUAUUAUUAUUAGAACUGACGAAGAUAGUAAGUGACGCAUCUUAGUGUAAAUCAAAUAAUGCAUUAACAUUUGAAUUCAGUAGCACGUAGACAAAGUGGCAAUGGUUUUUUGGGCCUGUACAGCUUUCACAUUCAAACUUAAUUUACAAUUUUGGAACCGGUGGUAGAUAGUCAGCUACAGUCGAAAAAAAACAACAACAACAGAUAGAAAAGUUUCGUUAAUAUUCAGAUAUUACUCAGGAGCAGAGACUUAUCAGUAAGUUUACAAUGAUUUUGGAUUCUGAUUCCAGCCAAAAGGGAAAAAAUUUAAGGUGGACAUCCUUUGAAAAUGGCCAACGUUGCUGCGUAAUGAUUUUUUUUUGCAACCAAUUAGAGUGGUCUGGAACACGGUAACUGAUAUGGCCAUCAAUAAUUCCGUUGUCCCUAAUAAUUCCGCUGCCAGUGUGUACGUCAUGGACUUAUAUUUUAUUGGUACAAAGACCAAUACAUAAAACGUAAUUUCAUAGCAACAAAUCAAUGUUUUCUAUCUGGACUGUAACUUAAGCACAGUUAAGAAAAUGAACAAGCAGAAAAACAAAAAUAACUAACAGAGCUCGUUGUAGUAGUUUUAUGUUCACCUUGUACUUGAAACGUAACCGUCGUUCAACGCAGCUGUUUAAACUAGAUCGUAACUUUCGCUUGCAAAUUUGUACUAAACGUAACGUUUAUCCACACGGAGUAACUGAUUAUCUGGCAGAAUUACUUUUGAAAAAUCAUUGGCCUGUACUUUUAUUUUUUCACCGGAACCAUACAUGUAGCAGUGAGCAGAUUCCCAGUGUCCGUAAAGCGAGGUUUAAUUUAAUUUUAUCAUACGUACAUGUAUUUACCAUAGUAUGUCUUUUCACUCAGUUAAGUGCCUGAAUAGCCUGAGAAAACAGCCGACAUUUCGCAACGCCAUCAGUAGUUUCCCCGCGAAAUGACAUCUGAGGAACGAGUGCAGAAAUUCCAUACUGAUGACGCGUCACUACCCAGAUCUGGGUAAUGCUUCUGAUUGGUCGUGCCGCGUAGGAAAUUUAUUUCAACUAAUCAGAAGCACUACCCAGAUCUGGGUAGUGACGCGUCAUCAGUAUAUGUAGCUAGUUUUUCAGGGGCCUAGAAAACAGGAUACUAGACAUUUGCUACAAAACCUUUGUACAUUCUUUUUUCUGGAAUACGAUCAAUCGAACGCACUCUUAUUUCAAAGGUCUAUUUAUGAAUAAAAUAACAGCCCCGUAACCCAUACAAGGAUGCGCCUUUGCGGAGGUAGCAAUUGUAAAAUUCGGCACAUAUUAUGGACCUCUUUCUUGCUUGUUCUUUACUUCAGUACCAAGAUUAACUUUAUACUUGUUUAUCAGAACCGGAUGGAAAACCACAAAACGUCAGUGGACAUAACACCAGUUCAACCAGCAUUUCAGUAUCGUGGGAAGAAGUGCAAGCUAAGUUACAGAAUGGUAUUAUUACUGGUUACAAUAUAACGUACCAGUCACUGACAGAGAAUGACAAUGGAUUUGUAACAGCUCGUCCUAAUGAUCGUCAGGCCAACCUAACAGAACUAAAGGAGUUUGUUGAAUACAAUAUUUCAGUGGUUGCAUUUACAGUGAAAGGAGAUGGGCCUCCCUUUGUUUUUAUUGUUAGAACAGACCAAGAUAGUAAGUCUUACAACACUUUUAUUAUUAUUAUUGCUACUGCAUUCAAUGUCAGCGUUUGUUUGUUUGUUUGUUUGUUUGUUUGUUUUUUUCGGGUUAAUUAGUAUAGCGAAGCUCACGCUGAUGUCAUGAUCUCAUCUACCGAUGUUCAUGUGCUAACCCUAACCUUUUUUGGAAUACGAUCAAUCGAACACACUGUUAUGUGUAUUUCAAGGCUCUAUUUCUGAAUAAAAUAGCAGCGGCAUCGGCCAUUAAAGGAUGCGCUUUUGCAGGGAUACCAAUUGUUCAGCAAAUAAAAUAGAAAAAAAAAUGUAAAAUUGGGCAAUAUUAUAAUGUGCCUCUUGCUUCCUUGUUCUUUACUUCAGUAUCAAGAUUAACUUUAUACUUGAUUAUCAGAACCGGAUGGAAAACCACAAAACGUUAGUGGACGUAACACCAGUUCAACCAGCAUUUCAGUAUCGUGGGAAGAAGUACAAGCUGAGUUACAGAAUGGUAUUAUUACUGGUUACAAUAUAACGUACCAGUCACUGACAGAGAACGACAAUGGAUUUGUGACAGCUGGUCCUAAUGAUCGUCAGGCCAACCUAACAGAACUGAAGGAGUUUGUUGAAUAUAAUAUUUCAGUGGUUGCAUUUACAGUGAAAGGAGAUGGACCUCCCUUUGUUUUUACUGUGAGAACAGACCAAGAUAGUAAGUCUUACAACACUUUUAUUAUUACUAUUAUUGCUAUUGCAUUCAAUGUCAGCGUUUGUUUGUUUGUUUGUUUGUUUUUUUCGGGUUAAUUAGUAUAGCGAAGCUCACGCUGAUGUCAUGAUCUCAUCUAUCGAUGUUCAUGUGCUAACCCUAACCUUUUUUGGAAUAUGAUCAAUCGAACGCACUCUUGUAUGUCAGUAUUAUUUCUGAAUAAAAUACCAGCCGCAUUGGCCAUAAAAGGAUGCGCUUUUGCAGGGAUAGCAAUUGUUCAUGCAGUAAACAUAUCAUGAUAGAAAAAAAAUAUAAAAUCCUGCAAUGUGCCUCUCGCUUGCUUGUUCUUUACUUUAGUACCAAGAUUAACUUUAUACUUGUUUAUCAGAACCGGAUGGAAAACCACAAAACGUCAAUGGACGUAACACCAGUUCAACCAGCAUUUCAGUAUCGUGGGAAGAAGUGCAAGCUGAUCUACAGAAUGGUAUUAUUACUGGUUACAAUAUAACGUAUCAGUCACUGACAGAGAAUGACAAUGGAUUUGUAANAGGCCAACCUAACAGAACUGAAGGAGUUUGUUGAAUAUAAUAUUUCAGUGGUUGCAUUUACAGUGAAAGGAGAUGGACCUCCCUUUGUUUUUACUGUGAGAACAGACCAAGAUAGUAAGUCUUACAACACUUUUAUUAUUACUAUUAUUGCUAUUGCAUUCAAUGUCAGCGUUUGUUUGUUUGUUUGUUUGUUUUUUUCGGGUUAAUUAGUAUAGCGAAGCUCACGCUGAUGUCAUGAUCUCAUCUAUCGAUGUUCAUGUGCUAACCCUAACCUUUUUUGGAAUAUGAUCAAUCGAACGCACUCUUGUAUGUCAGUAUUAUUUCUGAAUAAAAUACCAGCCGCAUUGGCCAUAAAAGGAUGCGCUUUUGCAGGGAUAGCAAUUGUUCAUGCAGUAAACAUAUCAUGAUAGAAAAAAAAUAUAAAAUCCUGCAAUGUGCCUCUCGCUUGCUUGUUCUUUACUUUAGUACCAAGAUUAACUUUAUACUUGUUUAUCAGAACCGGAUGGAAAACCACAAAACGUCAAUGGACGUAACACCAGUUCAACCAGCAUUUCAGUAUCGUGGGAAGAAGUGCAAGCUGAUCUACAGAAUGGUAUUAUUACUGGUUACAAUAUAACGUAUCAGUCACUGACAGAGAAUGACAAUGGAUUUGUAAAAGCUGGUCCGAAUGAUCGUCAGGCCAACCUAACAGGACUGAAGGAGUUUGUUGAGUACAAUAUUUCAGUGGUUGCAUUUACAGUGAACGGGGAUGGACCUCCCUUUGUUUUUAUUGUGAGAACAGACCAAGAUAGUAAGUCUUACAGCACUUUUUUUUUUCUAUUCUUAUUACUAUUGAAAUUAGUCUCAGCGUCUGUUUACUUGUUUGUUUUUUUUUCGAGUUAGUAUAGCAACGCGUAGGCUGAUGUCAUGAUCUCAUCUAUCGAUGUUUAUCUGCUAACCAUAACCUUUUUUGGAAUACGAUCAAUCGAACGCACUCUUACAUGUCAGUAUUUCAAGGCUCUAUUUCUGAAUAAAAUAGCAGCCACAUCGGCCAUUAAAGGAUGCGCUUUUGAAGGGUAGCAAUUGUUCAGUAAGCAAAAUAGAAAAAAAUAUAAAAUCCUGCAAAUAUUAUAAUGUACAGACUUUGGCAUGGACCAUACUUGAUACAACCAAGAUUAACUGUAUACUCUUUCAUCAGAACCGGAUGGAAAACCACAAAACGUCAGUGGACGUAACACCAGUUCAACCAGCAUUUCAGUAUCGUGGGAACAAGUGCAAGCUGAGCUGCGGAAUGGUAUUAUUACUGCUUACAUUAUAACGUACCAGUCACAGACAGAGAAUAACAAUGGAUAUGUAGAAGCUGUUCCUAAUGUUCGUCAGGCCAACCUAACAGGACUGAAGGAGUUUGUUAAAUACACUAUUUCAGUGUUUGCAUCUACAGUGAAAGGAAUUGGGCCGCCUUCUGUUCUUGAUGUUAGAACAGACCAGGAUAGUAAGUCUUACAACACCUUUUUGUCUUAA